GGGGACGUGGGAGGAACGAAAGGGGUGGGGGAGAAAGGGGGGGGCAGUCUCCCCUGGACAAGCACUUUUUUUGUAAGUCCUAGGACUGAACUCCAGGACCAGGACUCUUCUCCCAGCCGCUACGGCCCCCGCUCAGCCACAGGCCUUCCUUGCCAUGCGACCUGUCAGUGUCUGGCAGUGGAGCCUGUGGGGGCUGCUGCUGUGCCUGCUGUGCAGCUCGUGCCUGGGAUCUCCAUCCCCAUCCACGGCCCCUGAGAAGAGGGCUGGGAGCCAGGGGCUACGGUUCCGGCUGGCCGGCUUCCCCAGGAAGCCCUUUGAGGGCCGCGUGGAGAUCCAGCGGGCUGGCGAAUGGGGCACCAUCUGCGAUGACGACUUCACACUGCAGGCUGCCCAUGUCCUAUGCCGAGAGCUGGGCUUCACAGAGGCCACAGGCUGGACCCACAGUGCCAAAUACGGCCCUGGAACAGGCCGCAUCUGGCUGGACAACCUGAGCUGCAGUGGGACUGAGCGGAGUGUGACUGAAUGUGCCUCCCGGGGCUGGGGGAACAGUGACUGUACCCACGAUGAGGAUGCCGGGGUCAUCUGCAAGGACGAGCGCCUCCCCGGCUUCUCGGAUUCCAAUGUCAUUGAGGUAGAGCAUCACCUGCAAGUGGAGGAGGUACGACUUCGACCAGCCGUUGGGCGGGGCAGGCGGCCCCUGCCCGUGACUGAGGGACUGGUCGAAGUCAGGGUUCCCGACGGCUGGUCGCAAGUGUGUGACAAAGGAUGGAGCGCCCACAACAGCCACGUGGUCUGCGGGAUGCUGGGCUUCCCUAGCGAAAAGAGGGUCAACGUGGCCUUCUACAGGCUGCUGGCCCAGCGGCAGCAACACUCCUUUGGUCUGCAUGGGGUGGCGUGCGUGGGCACGGAGGCCCACCUCUCUCUCUGCUCCUUGGAGUUCUAUCGUGCCAAUGACACCACCAGGUGCCCUGGGGGGGCCCCUGCGGUGGUGAGCUGUGUGCCAAGCCCUCUCUACGCAGCAUCCAGUGGCCAGAAGAAGCAACAGUCGAAGCCUCAGGGGGAGGCCCGAGUGCGAUUAAAGGGUGGAGCCCACCCAGGAGAAGGCCGGGUAGAAGUCCUGAAGGCUGGCACGUGGGGCACAGUCUGUGACCGCAAAUGGGACCUGCAGGCAGCCAGCGUGGUGUGUCGGGAGCUGGGCUUCGGGAGUGCUCGAGAGGCUCUGAGCGGUGCCCGCAUGGGGCAGGGCAUGGGUGCCAUCCAUUUGAGUGAAGUUCGAUGCUCUGGCCAGGAACCCUCCCUCUGGAAGUGCCCCCACAGGAACAUCACAGCUGAGGACUGUUCCCAUAGCCAAGACGCUGGAGUCCGAUGCAACCUGCCCUACACUGGGGUAGAGACCAAGAUCCGACUCAGCGGGGGCCGCAGCCGACAUGAAGGGCGAGUCGAGGUGCAAACAGGAGGACCUGGGUCCCUUCGCUGGGGCCUCAUCUGUGGGGAUGACUGGGGCACACUGGAGGCCAUGGUUGCCUGCAGGCAACUCGGACUGGGCUAUGCCAACCAUGGCCUGCAGGAGACCUGGUACUGGGACUCAGGGAAUAUAACAGAGGUGGUGAUGAGUGGAGUGCACUGCACAGGGACUGAGCUGUCCCUGGACCAAUGUGCUCAUCAUGGCACCCAUGUCGCCUGCAAGAGGACAGGAAGCCAUUUCACUGCUGGAGUCAUUUGUUCUGAGACCGCGUCAGAUCUGCUGCUACACUCAGCACUGGUGCAGGAGACCGCGUACAUUGAGGACAGGCCCCUGCACAUGUUGUACUGUGCUGCUGAAGAGAACUGCCUGGCCAGCUCGGCCCGCUCAGCCAACUGGCCUUAUGGCCACCGGCGUCUGCUCCGAUUCUCCUCCCAGAUCCACAACCUGGGACGCGCUGACUUCAGGCCCAAGGCUGGGCGCCACUCCUGGGUGUGGCAUGAGUGUCAUGGGCAUUAUCACAGUAUGGACAUCUUCACUCACUAUGAUAUCCUGACCCCCAACGGCACCAAGGUGGCUGAGGGCCACAAAGCUAGUUUCUGUCUAGAAGACACCGAGUGUCAGGAGGAUGUCUCCAAGAGGUAUGAGUGUGCCAACUUUGGAGAGCAGGGCAUUACGGUGGGUUGCUGGGAUCUCUACCGGCAUGACAUAGACUGUCAAUGGAUUGACAUCACAGAUGUGAAGCCAGGAAACUACAUUCUGCAGGUGGUCAUCAACCCCAAUUUUGAAGUAGCAGAAAGUGACUUCACCAACAAUGCAAUGAAAUGUAACUGCAAAUAUGAUGGACAUCGCAUCUGGGUGCACAACUGCCACAUUGGUGAUGCCUUCAGUGAAGAGGCCAACAGGAGGUUCGAACGCUACCCUGGCCAGACCAGCAACCAGAUCAUCUAAGGUGCCACCACCCUCCUCUGCAGACCACAACUGGCCCCUAAUGGCAGGGGUCUGAGGCUGCCAUUACCUCAGGAGCUUACCAAGGAAUCCUUGACUUCAGCAGGCCCACAGCACUCAUCCACUGUGCACUGUGGGUGUAGAACUGUCAAGCAGAAGUUACUGCCCUCCUUCUUAGGCCAGCUGUCUGGAUCUGUGGCCAGGCAUGGGGAAUUUUGCCCCCAGGCCCAGCACCAAACCAAGCAUGCCACAAAGAGGCGCACCUGAUUGACUGCCCAGAAAAACAGACAGCAGCAGCUCGUUUUCUUGAGUAGGGAGGUCAGAAUGGUCAACUCCAGUAUCUCCUCUCAGUUCAGGGAGAUACGGCUUUACCUCUAGCCUUUUUGUGGGGGGGAAAGAGCAGUGCGCCACCCUUCCCCUCAUUUUUGAGUAUAACAUGUUGCUAGGUAUAAUUUUAUUUUAUAUAAAAAGUGUUUUUGUGAUUCCUCAG